AUCCGCGGUAUAAUUAACGAAACCCUGCAUCCUCAUCCAGUCCAUUCACAGACGCCACCAAGAAAAAAAUCAAUAAUUUUGAUUCAACUUGAAGAACCAGUCUCUUUUGUCGUUGAUGAAUUCUAUACGAAACCAAAAGAAAGCCUCAAUCCUCCUUCCCGUUAGCCUUUUUCAGCUUCUUGUUCACAAGCAAUGCCAAGUUUAACUGUUAAACUCUACAGCAUCUUCUUCAAACUCCACAAGAGAUACCAAUUACACAACCUGACUUUACAAGCUCAAACUCAAUCGUCUUCCUUUGUCAUCACUUCAAGGCCAGACGGGGGCGUCGUCCCCAGCAAUCCCUCUUUCUUUGAUGGGGUAGCGACUAAAGAUUUGCACUUAGACCCUUACUCUGGUCUCGCUCUCCGUAUCUUUCUUCCUGGCACGGUCGUUGACUCUUCUUUGAAUGAUGGUCAUGUCUACAAAGGCUAUUCUCCACUCACGACGGGGAAAAAUAUUGGCUACAAGAAACUUCCUGUUAUGUUGCAGUUUCAUGGUGGGGGGUUUGUAAGUGGGAGCUGUGACUCUGUUGCAAACGAUGCCUUUUGUAGAAGGAUAGCCAAGUUGUGUGACGUGAUUGUUAUAGCGGUUGGGUAUAGGCUGGGGCCAGAGAGUCGGUAUCCGUCGUCAUUUGAGGAUGGAUUUAAGGUGUUGAAUUGGUUGAAAAAGCAGGCUAAUUUAGCAAAGCUUGGGAAUGGGAAAAAAGAGAGGCAUGUUUUUGAUGGGUUUGGUCUUUCUAUGGUUGAACCUUGGUUGGCUGCUCAUGGUGAUCCCUCUAGGUGUGUGCUCCUUGGGGCAAGUUGUGGUGCAAACAUAGCUGACUAUGUGGCCAGGAAGGCUGUAGAAACAGGAAACCUUUUGGACCCAGUUAAGGUUGUGGCUCAAGUUCUCAUGUACCCUUUCUUCAUGGGGAGUGUUCCUACAAGUUCUGAAAUUAAGCUGUCGAAUUCCUACUUCUAUGACAAGCCUAUGUGCAUACAGGCAUGGAAACUUCUCCUACCUGAGGAUGAAUUCAACUUGGAUCACCCUGCUGCCAACCCUCUUAUCCCUGGGAGAGGUCCACCUCUGAAGUACAUGCCUCCAACACUGACAGUUGUUGCAGAACAUGACUGGAUGAGGGAUCGAGCCAUUGCUUACUCAGAGCAACUGCGCAAGGUUAAUGUGGAUGCACCCCAUCUUGAUUACAAGGAUACUGUGCAUGAGUUUGCCACUCUUGAACUUCUCCUGCAGACUCCACAAGCCCUGGCCUGUGCAGAAGACAUUGCUAUUUGGGUUAAGAAAUAUAUAUCAAUAAGAGGCCAUGAGUUUUCAUACUGAUCAGCAUAGGUUGAGUUGUCCAUUUUGAGGCAAGUGCAUGCAAAAGCUGUUCUUUCAUUGUAAAACAUUGAGUGUUUGUCUUAUGGGAACAUUAUUUCCCUCCUUGUUGAAGGUCUUCUGGGAACAUUCUUUCAUUCAUUUAUUCAUAUUCUUUCUCAUA